AUGGAGGAGUUACCAACAAAAUUGAGUACAGAUACGGUUGAAACAGAACUAUUUAUUAACUCGUUGAAUCGUCUAAUGAACGAUUAUGACGAUGAAACUUCCAACGAUUCUGCCGACGAUACCAAUACGAAUCGACUGACACUUACGGACCAAACACAAUCGUCAUUCACAAACCUCAUCAACGACCUGCUCAAAACCAAUCCUAAUGCCGAGUACGGACAUUUCGAGUCUUACGCCAACGCCAUGUAUUGCCAUGACUGUCAGUUGAUGCUGUGGCCAAAAUACGUUUCCCAAAUCCCGUGUAAGGUGCCCGAGUUUAUCGUGGAACAAGACGGUACCGUGACCUACAUACACACUAAAUGCGAAAAACUGGACUUGUCAAAAUACAUACAUUCCUUAGCCGAAGAAUCUGGAAGCUGGGAAAAAACGUACUGGCAUUUAUGGUCGGAAUGUCAUUUCUUAUCUUGCACCGUGUGUAAAUUACAAUAUCCGGUGAGGAACUCGGGUAUGUGCCUGUACCAUCCGGAGAAACCCGAAUACUUUCCGAUCGGAGAUUUGGGCUUGGAGCAACCCAUAGGCCGUUAUCCGUGUUGUGGUGAAAGAGCUUUCCGAUUUGAACUGGUGAAAAAUCCUUUCGGUUGUAAAUACCGUAUGCACGUACCGAAUAAAAAAAACCUAUUCUGUCAACAUAUCAUGAAUUUGGUGUGUAGUAAUAUGGAAAUGACUGUGGCGAGCCCUCCUGCGUUGAAUCACGAAAAAAAAAUCAUGAAAUUCGUAUGUUUGGAUCCUGGAAUAAAAAGACAAAAUCAUCAACAUUGGUGGACAAAAUUGACGUUUGGAACAAAUGGUUAUAUAUACCAGCCAAUGAUUUCUUUAGGGUAUAACUUUCUAAACUGCCAAAAAAAAAGGAAAAAUUGGAAGGAAUUAAAUAAAAGAAGGAUAAAAAAUUUUUUUGAACUAAAGAAGUGGAUGAACAAUAAGCCAUCGAACAUAAAUCCACCAUCUAAUAGCUCAAUAAUUUUUAAAGAGAGUCCAGAAAUCACUUCUCAAAUGUCAAGUGAUAACAGCAACAAGGAUUUAACAACCCAAGGGAGUUUUUGGAAAAUUCAUUCACCGAUGAUUUCCAUCCAGGAUUCACAAAGAGAACAAGAUAGCCUUAUAUUCGAUUUACUUACAGUAAAACUCAUCAAAUCGAGAAAAGGAGAAAAAGGUUCACCUGGAAGUUCCGACCAACUCAGAGACAGUUAUACGCUAGUUCGUGAAAAUAUGCUAGCAAAAAUUGAAUCACACGUCAGACCCUCGACUAUUAAAUCUACAAAAUUGUUUCACGACAAGAAAAGGAAAUAA